AUGGCUGUUCAAGCCGAUGCUGAGGCCAUCGCUGCUCUUACGAGCAAGGCAGAUGAAGCACACACCCAAUAUGUCCAGCAAGCAGAGCUGCUGCAACAAGUUUUGGUUGCUCUCUGUCACACAGUUCCAGUGCCUUCUCCUUCUUUUACUGAUGAUGACCAUGCUCAGCUUAAUGAAUCACGUGAAGCGACGAUUAGCCUAGCCACUAAUGUUGGUGUUGAGAAAAAAGACAAUGAUGAUGAUGAAGAAGAAGGCGAAUCGCCCGACCUCCCUGACUCCGACAGCGACCUGGAUGACGACGACGACGAAGAUGACGAUGAAGAUGACUUCACCAUCCAGUACCAGCGUCCUGCUGCCACUAAAGGUGUUGCCCUUAGGGAUUCAACAUCCCAGGGGGAGAAAAGGGAAGAUGAGGCUGCUCAAGAAAUGCACCAAGGACCCAAGUCGAAAGGAAACGGUGUCACUGAAGAAGGGAACCUCAAGCUAGAGGAAUGGGUCCCUAAGAACCCAACCCCUAGCACUCCUACUGACCAGCAGAUGACUUAG